AUUAGUUUUAGAUUGGGUUGAGCAUGUGCUGUACAAGUCCCUGUGUAUGUUACUAUAGAAACAAUAACAUAUUAGAGCGAGCACAUUAAUAUUAACCUAUCGUUCAGGUUGCAUGUGGAACUACUGUCCAAUCCGUGCUGUUAUACAGAAAUAAUGCACACCUUUGGCCCAAUCACAUUCAACAAUUCACCCACGCAAUGAUAUAAGGAGUUAUCGUGAAUGUGUAUGUGAUAGAGAUGUAACCAGAUACAAGUACAUUCUCCUGAACGAACAGAUAACGUCUUCUAAAUAAAUACAAAUACGGAUAUGAAUAGGUGAAAUGCUAUUUAUUUUAUUUAUGUAUUUGCUUGUUUUUGUUUGUUUAGGAAAGCUUGCCAAAAAGUGUUUACAGGGCAUCUGGUUGAAACUAAAGGUGUGCAUAAUGAUUGGGAUCCCGCGGGACACAACAAAAAAGUCGUGCACGCUAGCGAGGGUAUUUAUUUUCAUACGGGUGUGUACAAGCGGUAAUAUAUGAAGCUCGUGGGACCUAGACACUGUGUGAACUAAGAAUGUGCAGUACAUCCUUACAGGGUUCAUCCAUUCAGGGUUGCAGGGUUUAGAAGUAAAACUUUUUGGGGGCAAGUAGAUCCCACGCACAUUUCUGGAGUCACAUAGCUGACUUUAAUUCACAGACCAUGUUGACACUGCUGGCAUUUCUACAUCUGGGUUUUUUUUAUGUGCUUAGCACUGGAAAUUCUGGUUUAGGUCAAACCCGCUUUGACUUUAAGAUACAGAGACUGAUUUUUUGAGCAGUAAACAGACAGAUCCAGAUAGUGUCAUUGCCUUAUACCCUUAGUAUGUAGUGUUAGGGUGCUGGAUUUGCUUUAUUAUAUUCAGUUAUAAAGAUUUAAACUGAGGUCAUUUUUAAGUUCCAUUGCAACAAUGAAAUUCAACAAGUCAUAUUCUCUCACAAAGGAUAUAAUGAAUGUUUGUCUUUCUUGCUUGCAAACUGAGUGGUCAGAAGUUCAAAGUGCUUGACACCACACAGCUCUUUUCUGAAAAUUUCAGCUAUAAAAAGGGGCUGCACUCCACCUGCAUUACAGUCACCUCUUGUAGGAUUACAUGUGAAAUGGACAUUGGUGGUUGAGGAAAAAGUGUGAAAGCUGCUGUGAGGAAACUUACUGGGGAUAAGAGUUUAGUUAUCUGGCCAUGGUGUAAACCUCCAGUAUGACCAUGACAUUAUUUUUUUGAUAAGUAGUGAGCCAUAAGAAAUAAUGCUCAGAUUGAUGUGUGUCGAACCCGCCUCUUCCGUGAACACCUAACUAACCCCUAAAAUGCCAACCCCACAUUAUCCUUAAAAAAAAAAAAAAACCCUACUCUGGCACUUACACCUCUACUCUGUGCACUUUCCUUCUCUAGAACUCAAUUAUAAAUCUUGCAUGAUAGCAUUGAAUGCAAUGUAUUUCCUCAUUUGUAAGUCGCUUUGGAUAAAAGCGUCUGCUAAAUGAAUAAGUGUAAAUGUAAAUGUGUGUAAUAUGAAUGUGUGUGACCUAUAGACGUAUGACCUAAAAUCGUGUUUCAUUGUAGGUUUAGUGUAGUGCUAAAGACCAUGUCAGCCCAAGUGUCACCUUUCUCAGCUGCUGGAAAAAGACACUUCAUGCUAAAACUCUGACUAAAUGAGACCGUAAUUGUCCUGUGACUAAACCUAGCCAUGUUGACCAGCAGGAAAGAUCACACUCCCCUGUUAUCUUUCACACACACCCACACACCCACACACCCACCCACACACGCAACCACACACACACACACAAAUAUACAGUGGAAGAUACUUCUUAAAAAACACAGGUGAUUGGUUUGUGACAAUGGAAAGAGCAGAACUUCCUCAUAUUGUGCUGUGUAGAGGAUGUAAGACCAUUGUUUUGUUCCUGCAACAACAGACACAAUAAUCCUCUGCUGGGUUUAGACUCGUAGCAGCAGAAACUUGUUUUUGUUAUCAUUUUAUGCAUUUGUUCUCUAUUGUUAUCGUUGCUGCUAAUGUUAUCAGUAUUGCUAAUAAUCCUUUUUAUUUAUUUAUAGUGAACACUUUUGAACUAUCCAUAGCAAACUAGUUGGCAAAGCACCAUUUUAGUAUUAGUGUUUUUAGCCUAAUUUUCUUAACCUAGCAAAAUUAGCUUUCAUGCUUUAGUCAGAUUUUUAGUUUUAGUCAUAACUUAUAAUCAUUUUGUUAGCCUUGUGAAAUAGUAUUUCAUGUUUUAGUCUAUUUCUAACACUUUUAUUAACCUAGCAAAAUGAGUUUUUGUGUUUGAGCCUAAUUAUAACAUUCUUACUAACCUAGUGAAAUUAGCUUUAUGUAUUAGCCUAUUGGUUCUGAUUGUAUUAACCUACUGAAACAUAUUUUAGCCUAUUUGUAAGCAUUUUAUGAACCUAGCAAUUUUCAUGUUUUAGUCUGUAAUAAUCUAACUAGGCAGAUUAGCUUUCAUGUGUUAGCCUAUUUGUGAUGAUGUUAUUAAAGGGGGAAAAUCCUUUCAUGUUUUAGUCUAUUUGUAGUCAUGCUCCGUGAACAGUUGUGUUAUGUGUCAACUUUGGCUGUGAUAGAAGGACUGCGAGCAUUCAGAGUGCAUUUCCAGGUAUUUAUCUUGUGCAUGACUAACAGAUGUAUUUUUGCUCACAUUGCCUUCGUGGAAAUAAGGAUUUAUUGUGUGCACUCAUCAUCCAUUUGAAUGCAGCAACACCUUUCGGUCAUUUUAUUCUUUCUGCCUUGUGUGUUGCCAAACACAUCUGAAAUACUAGUGUGAGUGUGUGUAAACAUUCUCUAAUGCUGAGCAUGAGAUUUCCAUAAAAUGUCUUAUUGCUGUAAGUGAAUGGCCCAGCUGUCUGGUGGCUUUAACAUGGGUCAUAUACAAUUACCUCCAGAACUGUUGACACCCUUCAUAACAGUGAGCAAAAAUAAUUGUAUAAAAUAAACAUCACACACAUUUGCAGGAGAAAACCGUUUGCUUUGUUCUUGAAAACAUCUCAUUGUUGGAAUUAAAUUUUUUCAGUGGCUUUUUUUCUCAGAAAUAUGUGCCAAAAUUAUUGACGCCCCAUGGAAUAUUUAAAAAUGAAGGGAUCGGAUUGUCAUUCGUGAAAAUCCUGCAUCAUUUUUGAUUUGCUCUCAGUCCCCAGGAACUCCGUUAACCAUGACCUGUUUCCCUGUGGACUACUGUAAAUGCAAGGUUGCACACAUGUAAAAUCCCUUUGUCGUCUAUUACCCAGGUGGAAAAAAAAAAAAAUCAAAAAACACAAAACAGACAGAUAGUUUGCUGCACCAAAUUAAGUUCCACAUCUGAAACAGCUGAACAUUAGCCAGGAGUAGAAAUGGAUCAGGAUGAUGGUGAAGCAGGGACAAAAGAACCCAAAGAUCACAGUUUUAGGUUGUUUUCAAACUUAAAAAUGCAGUGUAUUGGUUCUUGUGUUUGUUCAAUUUCAAAAUCAGCUGUUAAACAUCAUUUUCAUAACAGGUUGUUUGGAAAUUUUGCUGGAAAGAAGCCCUUCCUGAAAGCAAGUCAAUAGAUCCAGUGCUAAACUCCACCAAGCAUUGUUAGAACUACAGUUAGCACUAUGUGCUGUGAUCAGAUGAGCUGAAAUGAAUCAAACUUUUUGGUCAUGCACACUGUCAGCAUGUUUGGCGACUACUUACACAGAAAAGCAGCUGAUCCACCACUGUACAAUAUGUAGGAGGAUCAGUGAUGACCUGGAGCAGUUUUAUGGCUGGUAAUUCAGUGAAGACUGAUGGCAUCAUCAAAGUCGAAGGAUAUUUCCAGCAAACCCUGUUUGCCUCUCUUCAAGCAUAUUAUAAGAAUAUAAAGGAUGCUAAAAUGUUCUGCAUGGAGAAGUGGACGAAGAUCCUUCUCAAUUUGUGUUGAGACUCAGAGCUGUAAUUCUCUCCAGAAUCUCAAUCACAAAAUGUUCAGGGGGGGCACUAUUUAAAAAAAAAAUCGUUUUUGGAAAAAAUUUAUUAUAUGUUCACACUAUGUUUUAGCUCAAAACAUUACUUACAGCAUAUGCUAUUCCUUUUACAUAUUACUUCUUGCUCAUUUUCAUGAAAGAUGAGAGCAUAAGUGUACGGUGUAUUAAGUUGCGGUUGUAGGGGAAUUUACAGUUAAAGAUCCAAGGACCAGAUAUGAGGAAUGAAGACCAGGAGUCAAGAGAUGCAAUCAAUUAAAGAAAAUUUUACUGAAGAGUUGUUUACAGCUUCAUCAGCAGACAUCAGCUUCAACCCUCUGUGUACACACUCAUUACAUCAACAAUUAUACUUUCACACAGUCACUAAGCAAGUCUUUACGUCAGGCUGAAUGAUUCUGAUUGGUUAAGGCACAGAUAAAUGUAGAAAAUUUCCACAUAUGCAUCAGAAGAAUCCAUCUAUUAUCUGGGCAUCAGUCAAAACCUGGUUUAGGCACACCGUGAACCACUGAGAUUUUAAGCUCCAGUUUUCUCAUCAGAUGAUCAAUUCACCUCCAAACGUCACACAGAUACACAACUUCCUCAAGGUUGGAUUUGGUCGAGCUCUAGCUCUGACCCGGAAACUUUCAGAAAACAUACUGAUUAGAUAUACUUUCUCUCAAUAAGAAGUUCAGACAAUAAUUGUCAUUAUUGUCUAGUGAUUGAAGAUGAAAAAUAAAGUAAAUGCUUUACCUAAGAAUAGUAAAUCUCAUCUUGAAGAAGCCAUUAAAAGAUAAAUGUUGAUUAAUAACGCAUUUCAAAUCACUCAAUGGAUAUAUAUAUAUAUAUAAAAGAGGCAGGAGAUUCCAGAAUCCACCCUUCACAAUGUCCUGUAGUUUCCACACAAUUACAGAUUUAAAAAAAAAAAAAAAAAAAAAAAAAACACACAUAAACCUUGCAGUCAGUCUGUUCUCCUUCUUCCAUUCAUCUUGAUCAAUGUGCUGGUAGUGGUCUUUAUAGAACAGCCCAAGGUCCUCUCAGUGUCAGGCUCCUCUCAGUGCAAAUCUGUUUCUAACCCUGGAAGCAAAACUCAGAUUCACUGUUUUGUUUCCUCCUGAUUGUUCAGGCUGUGCAGUGGAGAAUGUAGCGUUAAUAACUAGCAGAUAGCUGAGUAGGAGACAACUACAACCUACCUGAACUAGAGAGCAACAAGGACAUGAAACCACAACGCAACCACAGAGAAAUGAGGGGCCUCAAUACAUGUGCAUGCUACACACACACACGCGCGCGCGCACACAUACACACACGCGCUUGCACACACGCGCACACACUCACACGCACACAUGUGCAAUAAGCUUACAAAGAAAUUUUAAAAGCAUGCCCAUGCAUCAUGUUACUUCUUCCAUGUUAGCUUUAGUAUGUGGGCAAGUUUUGAGUUUGGUCAAAUACAGAGUGAGAUUAUGCAGAAAGAGAAUUUGACAUGAACAUUACUGUCAGUUAGGCAGUGCGUAGGCUAAACUUCUGUGGAACACUUUCUACCCAAAUAGUAAGCCAUGAAUUCUUCUUUUUUUUCAAGCUUAUUUUGAGGCUAAAUGUCAGUUAGGGCUAAGUUGAUUCAGGAACAGUGAAUUUUAAUAAAGAGCUAUCUGACAUGCCUCUAAUCUCAACCUGACCAUGUGACACUUUCUUUCCCAAGUCAGACCUACAAUAAUGACUUUAUUUUAAAAAAUAGAAAAAGUCUUGUCAAGAAUAUGGUGUGUAAAAUGAAUGGCAUGACUCUCUUUUCCCGUUCACCCACAACAUGAAGGGAAAUUAAUUGAAUGUAACGCAGAGCUACAGAGGUUGAAUCAUCCUUUCUGAUAUCCUAUUAGUACCGGAUGACUACUCGUUCAUGUGGAUUCCCAACUAUGACCCCACUCACGACGCCGCUCUGUCUCUCAGACUAACAAUCAUAACAGUCCUGGGGCUUCUUAUUGCCAUGAGCAGCCUCUUCCAGUAGGCAUUGAUCAGCGGGCCACAGCCGGAGGCCUCCAAACUGAUUAGGAUCUCAAGGCAUCAUGCAUCAUCUUUUUUUCUUUUUUAUCAGAUUAUUUUGGGUCCUUAAAAGAAAAAGAGAAAAAGGUUCAUAUUUGCAUUUUCAAAAAUAUCUUUCAUAUACAUCUCAUAUAUAGGAUUCAAAAAUACUGACAUUAGUAUGUAUUAGUAUUAUUAGUGCAUGAAGUAUAUCUUUAAAAAAGUCCCAAUGUGUAGCCUGAAAUCACACAUAAUGUCAUAACUAUGGUGAAUAGAUUGUAAAGCAGGAACAUUUUGCAGCCUUAAAACACCACACUGUAUUAAACAGGUUAAAGUCUAUUGUGUUUAUAUGAUAAAUGUAUCCCUUGAGUAAACAGUGCCCCUGGCUGUAAUUGCAUUACUGCUGUAGUUGUUGCUGAAUCUGUUUUCUAUAUUUUUAAACGUCUGCGUUAAAAAAAUAUAUAGGUAAGAUGUAGGUUGCUUUUCGAGAGGAUCUUUCCAUUCCUGCACUAAUAGUUAGUUGAGAAAACAUUUGCCUUCUGGCUCUGUAGUCCUCCACGCAGCCGUUAACUCAUUUCUCUGCUUGCCGCCCGGGCUGUGUUAAACUAAUUAUCUCGAUCGUUUCCCAUUCAUAAGUGAUGAAUGAGACCAUGGUAUUCCUCGUGUGGCUCAACACAAAAAGACAGAGGCUGCAAUAAUGUGCCCGUCAGAGAGCCGCUGGCCUAAAGAGAAUAAUCAUUAAAUGAUGAUCUGUGAGCAUUAAACAGAGGCCACACAGCCGCCACAGUGCUCUGGAGAUCCUGCGCGCUGCGCUGUUUACACUAGAAAUGCGGUUGUGUUACACCAUGUACAGUAAAGAGGGCCUGACUGCCAGGAACUCUAGUCACUUACCAACAAAAGCAUCAUUUCCUGAAAGCUCCUCCCCUCCUCCCCCUCUCCUCUCCUCUCCCCUCCCCUCCCUGCCACCUUCAGCACUGAGGAACUAAACCACAAUCAAUAUGACUGAACAUUCUGAGCAAAUACCUGUCACUCCUCUUUUAGCAAAAGAGGAGCACACUCAGUAGGCCAAAGAGCUCUCCAGCGUGAGCCUAGCUCCUACCUGUUGUGUGUGUGUGCGCAUGUGUGUGCGCGUGUGUGCAUGUGAAUGUGUCUGUGUGCGUGAGUGAGAGAGAGGAUUUGUUGGUGCGGAGCUUUGAGAUUGCUGCGUUGGCCCUCGUCUGUGUCAGUCACUCUUUCCUUGGCGUCCUCGUUGUUUGGGAAUGCUACAGCUGUGCUGACGGUGCUGGGUUUUUCUCCAGCACAUGGAUGGAUGUGUCGCUAUCGCAAGGUGAACAGCAGUGAGUUCCCGGAGAGACGCUGGACUCAUGUCGCUCAUGCAGUUUUGGACUAAGUUUUAUGCAGACCUGGGACGUCCACUUCCCAAGGACCUUGUAUGUAUAGAUGAUCUGUCCAAUCUGUCUAACGACUCCCUGUCUGAGUAUGUAGAUGACAGCUUGCCAACUGUACCUACCAUAUGGGACAUAAGUACACCAGCACAGAAUCAGGAGCUGAAUUCCAGACGGUUUCAGGGUUUAAACAGUUUAGAAGAUAUCACUGCUAUAAUCAGCACACCACAUCUGGGGAGCAUUCAGAGUGCACAGUCACAGCCAGAGGAGGAGGAGGACAUAGAAGAAGAGGAGACAGAAGAGCUAGGCCAUGUAGACACCUACGCUGACUACAAACCUUCAAAAUCCACUAUAGGAAACUCGCAUCCUGACCGUGUAGUUGAGACCAACACUCUUUCCAGCGUCCCUCCACCUGACAUCAGCUACACUCUCUCCAUUCCUGAGGCCAUCAUAGACAGCAAUGUGCUCUCGGCCCUGCAGCUCGAGGCCAUCAUCUAUGCCUGCCAACAACAUGAGGUGAUCCUACAGAACAAGCAGAGGGCAGGUUUUCUGAUAGGAGAUGGGGCUGGAGUGGGAAAGGGCCGCACGGUGGCCGGGAUCAUCCUUGAGAACUAUCUAAAGGGAAGGAGGAAAGCACUUUGGUUCAGCGUAUCCAAUGACCUCAAAUAUGAUGCUGAACGAGAUCUUCAGGACAUUGGUGCUCCUAAUAUUCUAGUACAUGCCUUGAAUAAGAUAAAGUAUGGAGACACAGCUACCUCAGAAGGUGUUCUGUUUGCUACCUACUCGGCUCUGAUUGGAGAGAGCCAGGCAGGAGGCCAACAUCGCACUAGACUCAAGCAGAUCCUGGAUUGGUGUGGACCUGAUUUUGAUGGUGUCAUCGUGUUUGAUGAAUGCCAUAAAGCCAAAAAUGCCACGUCCACCAAAAUGGGCAAAGCUGUGAUACAGCUACAGAACAAGCUUCCUCUGGCCAGGGUGGUGUACGCCAGUGCCACAGGUGCCUCCGAGCCAAAGAACAUGAUCUACAUGAGUCGUCUGGGCAUCUGGGGAGAAGGAACACAAUUUAAGACAUUUGACGACUUCCUACAUGCUAUAGAAAAGAGAGGUGUGGGUGCCAUGGAGAUUGUUGCCAUGGACAUGAAGGUUAGUGGGAUGUACAUUGCACGGCAACUGAGCUUCUCAGGAGUGUCCUUCCGCAUCGAAGAAAUCAACUUGGACGAUGACUUCACACUCGUCUACAACAAAGCCGCCAAACUGUGGGCAGAAGCCUUGGCCGUGUUCACCCAGGCAGCUGAUUUCCUCGGUAUGGUGUCCAGGAAGUCUCUGUGGGGUCAAUUCUGGUCUUCCCACCAGCGCUUUUUCAAAUACCUCUGCAUUGCCUCCAAGGUUCGCUGUCUGGUCGAGCUGGCCAAGAAGGAAUUGGAAGCUGGCAAGUGCGUUGUGAUUGGGCUGCAGUCCACGGGUGAAGCGCGAACCCGAGAAGUUCUUGAUGAAAAUGAAGGACACCUCGACAAAUUUGUUUCUGCUGCGGAGGGUGUGUUCCAGUCCUUGGUCCAAAAGCACUUCCCUUCAGAGAAACAGCGAAGGGAGAAAGGAGCAGCCAGCAAGAGGAAACGUAAACCCAAAGGACGGCAGUCGAAGUGCCCCAGGCAGGGUGCAGAUGCCAAAAGCGUCAUUAACAUCAGCGAUGAUAGCAGCACAGAGUCUGAUGGAGUGGACAGCGACUCCAAUUCAUCGCCAGAUUCACUACAGGACAAUGGCGAUGAUGUCAUUUUCAUUACACAAACCAACUGUCAUGCUGCUCGUUUGGAGGAGAUGAAGCAAAGUCUCCUUAUUAAAAUCGCUGAACUUGGGAAAGAACUACCUCUGAACACAUUGGAUGAGCUCAUAGAUAAAUUUGGAGGUCCGGAGAAGGUUUCAGAGAUGACAGGACGCAAGGGCAGAGUGGUUCGGCGGCUAGAUGGGAGUGUGCGCUAUGAGUCUCGAGCUGAGCAUGGCCACACCAUUGAGCACAUCAACAUCAAAGAAAAGGAUCGCUUCAUGAAUGGAGAGAAGCUGGUGGCUAUAAUCUCUGAGGCGGCCAGUUCAGGAAUCUCUUUGCAGGCAGACAGGCGGGUAAAGAACCAGUGCAGGCGAGUGCACAUGACCCUGGAGUUGCCCUGGAGUGCUGACCGGGCCAUCCAGCAGUUUGGUCGCACUCACCGCUCCAACCAAGUCACAGCACCAGAGUAUAUCUUCCUUAUCUCUGAACUGGCGGGCGAAAGACGCUUUGCUUCUAUUGUGGCUAAGAGGCUGGAGAGCCUGGGAGCUCUAACGCACGGUGACAGAAGAGCAACAGAGUCUAGAGAUUUGAGCAAGUACAACUUUGAAAAUAAAUAUGGUAACAGGGCAUUAGAGAAGAUCACCAAAGCCAUUCUGGGUCACAUUGAGAGUAAGGUGGCCCCUCCCAAGGGCUAUCCAGGUGGUGAUGCCAUGUUCUUCAGAGACAUGAAGCAAGGCAUGAUGGAUGUUGGCAUUUUCUGCAAGGAGGCUCGCCUUGGCAUCAACCCUGAGAAAGACUGCACCAUUACUAAGUUCCUCAAUCGUAUUUUGGGUCUGGAGGUGCACAAGCAGAACUCUCUCUUUCAGUACUUCAGUGACAAUUUUGAGUACCUGAUUGAAAAGGACAAGAAGGAAGGCAAAUAUGAUAUGGGGAUUUUGGAUCUGGCUCCUGGUAAUGAUGAAAUAUCCAACGAGACUCAAGAGAAGUUUCUGACUCCAGGCAACCCACAGGAAGGCCAAGUCAUUCUCUAUAAGAUCAGUGUCGACAGAGGCAUGCCCUGGGAAGAGGCUCUCAGAAAGGCUCACACACUCAGCAACCCAGACGAAGGCUUCUACAUCUCCCACAAGCUGAGAGGGAGUCACCCAUGUGUGCUGCUGGCCGAGCAGGGCAGAGGUCACAACCUGACUGUCUACAAACCCAAUGUGGGCAAACAAAAGCAACCGGAGAAUCUGGAGAAAAUCCAAAAGAAGUACCACAAGGUGACUCCAGAGGAUGCGAAGGAAAGCUGGGAGAAUCAGUUCACGUUCUCCUUAAGGAAAUGUAGCCAUGCCAACUGGAACGGGAGGUGCAAAAAGGUCGACGAGGGCCAGGAGUGUUUGCAGGGUAUGCGCUUGCGGCAGUACCACGUCCUUUGCGGUGCUCUUCUGUGUGUGUGGAAGCGUGUAGCUGACGUGGUGGCAGACAUCACCAGCUCCAGCAUCCUGCAAAUCGUACGCCUCAAAACCAGGGAGCACAAACAAGUGGGAAUAAAGAUCCCAGAGAACUGUGUGGCUCAAGUGCGAGAUGAGCUGGACCGUAUGGAUAAGGAUGUGAAAAAGAGGCGCCAGGAGAAAGAGCUGAAGGCUCAGAACCAGUGGCGGGAUGAACAGAGGAUGUUAGAAGAACGUCGGAGGGAUAUUUCUUUCACCCUUUACCCUAGCCCCUUAUUCGGUUACCCUGAUGGUGUCCUGGACCUGACAAUGCCCGGCCUUUCUCACCUUUCCACACACAGCACGGGAACAGACGUCCUCUCUGGGCCUGUCACCGAUUUCAGCAUGGUUUUCCCACAGGAGCACCAGCAGCAGCAAAGUCAACCAGAAUCUGCGCAUCAGGAAUUGUUAAACUUUCUCAACUCGCUGCCAGAACAACCACAGUGCCACUCUGGGCUUCCCUCUUCUUCAUCGGACUCUUUACACGCUGCCAUACCUGCCCCAACGAGCCUCUUCCCCACCUCCACCAUCCAUCCUUCCUCCUCCUCGUCAUCCCUUUUCUCUCCUUCACUCACUCCAUCGUCUUCUUCUUCUUCACUGCCACUCUUUUCCUCCCUGUCGCCGUCGGACCAGCACCCAUUUGCUAACUGCAGCGACGACACCGCCAUCGACGCCAAAGAGGUGCUGAGCAGUAUGCUGAGGAGCAGCUCAGACCAGUCUGUCAUUCACUUCAGAGUACCCGAGUCAGAGCAUCUGUCCUAAACACAGCCUAGUGUGUGAAACAGGCCUGUUGGGUUUUGGUCGCACAGAGACACACCAAGCUGACAUAGUCAGAUUAGCACCAACUAAAAGGAGCAGAUUGGCUGAUCCUGUUAGCUCAUGUCCUCUUCAGGUAAUUGAACUUGAAUGACAAGUGUGCACAUUCUGUGCCUGUGUGAAAGGUGAAACUCUUCAUACCAGGGCUAGUCUGUGUGCUUAAUAAAAAUGAAAGAAAAGUAGAAGAUACGGUAUUGUAUGUCCCAACUCUUAUAUUACUGUAUUAGAUGCCACGUCAAAACAGUAUACCAUCUACCACCUUAUAUCACAGAGGUGCCAAUCUCUAGUUUAGCCGUAGCAUUUAUGAUUUUUGACACUACGGGAGCUACUAGAUAAAACAGAAAUAAAUUUCACCUGUCAGAAAAGGAAAUUCACUUAAGUUCAUUUGGUAAAGUUUAUCGAGGUGAAUAUUUUUUUUAGCUGGAAUUCAUGAGACUCUCUCUUGUGACCAGUAGAGUUCUGCUGGGAUGACAUACCUUUGUAGGCCAAAAUACAAUCGGCAGAAGUAAAAAGCAAAAGUUAGGCAAUAAACCUACACCAUGGUCACAUGACUUUAGCGUCACCACCGCUAAGCUUCCGACAACUCUUUCGAUCUUUAUUUUAAAAAACACUACAAUUGGAAAAUACUAUAAAUUGAUAAAUGUACAAGUUGGAAAGUUUGAGCUGGAAUAGUUUGCAAGAGCAACAGAGUAUAAACACAAUGCCACUGUAGUAGAUGAGUUUUUCCUGUUCGGCGUAGUCCCAUUUAGCCAAUUGUUAGCAACCGUCUUUUUCAAGACACAUAAAAGUGUUAAAAAAUAACAAGUGAGGUAUUACUGAUGUAUUUUAUGUCGUAGAAUAAAACGUGAAAAUAUCUUGAGCUUCUGUUAAACCACAGACCUUAUUUCAGGCAUUCAACCAAAACCCCAUUCAGAACCCCAUUGACUUCAGGACGAUGGAACAGAUAGUGCUAAAAUGCGAACUCAUUUCCAGGUUUUAGGACUCAUACCUGCUCCACUCUCUAGGCAAAUUCAUACGAGUUGAACUGCUUUUUGUAGCAGUCACACUGAGUGUCUGACUUGCUGUUUUCUUACUGGGAAAAAAAUUUGAAUCAAAAAAAAAGUCCACUUGAAUAAAAAUCCACUAGAAUACACUAGGGGUUUUUAUGGUAAUUUUUUACUCUCUGCCUUCUAGGAUUGUCUUGUUGGCACCUCUGAUAUCACUUGUAGUGGUAUACAGUUUUGACCUCUCGUCACUAUGAAUCUGUUUAAUCUCUCCUAUCGGCCAUUUUGUUGGAAGAAAAUUUGCAAAAAGUUGCCAGAUGAGCAGGACAUGAGGUACUCUAAGAGUGUGUGAUCAUACUCAAAGUGAAUGUUAGCUUACUUUGCCUACUUGUAGUUUCCUUUCUCCUGAUGAACAGCCAAUCAGAGAACUCUAUUCCUCUGGCAUCUAAUAUCGGUUCAGCACAAUCAGGACUGACUGGAAUGUCGCAAACAUUCUACAGAUGGUGGUGCUAGUUGGGCUCCGUCUCUCAACAGUUGGCUUGGUGUGUCACUAAAUCUGUUUAGUGUGUGUUACAGACCUGCACUGGACUGCUUCACACGCUAGACAGCUCCACACUGCAAAAACUGGCAUCAGUAUAAGUGAAAAUAUCUUGAAUAUAGUCAGAUUUGUCUAGUAUUUCCUAUUAUAAGAUUACAAUUAAACAAAUCUAAGAUUAUUAAACCUAUUUGUAGGCAUAUUUUACUAAUUUGCUUGUACACUUGUCAGAUCAUUUUGCUUCUUUCUAGAAAUAAAUGCUCAUAUUCUAGAUUCAUUACACAUAAAGUGAAAUAUUUCAAGCCUUUUUUUGUUUUAAUCUCGAUGAUUACGGUUUACAGCUCACGGAAAUCAAAAAUCUAGUAUCUAAAAAUAUAAUAAAGAAUUUAUAAUACAGAAAUAUCAACCUUCUGAAAAGUAUGUUAAUUUAUGCACUCAAUAGUUGAUCGGAGCUGCUUUUGCACGAGUUACUUCAUGAAUGCGGCGUGGCAUGGAGGCGAUCAGCUUGUGGCACUGCUGAGGUGUUCUGGAAGCCCAGGUUGCAAUGUGACACGGCGACAUUUCUGUAUUAUAAAUUCCUUACUCUAAUAUUUUAACAUACUGGAUUUUUGAUUUGCACGAGCUGUAAGCUGUAUCAUCAAGAUUAAAACAAAAAAAAGGCUGGAAAUAAUUCACUUUAUUUGUAAUGAAUCUAGAAUAUAUGAACGUUCCACUUUUUAAAUUAAAUUACGGGACUUUUCCAUAAUAUUAAACAUUUUUGAGAUGUACCUGUAUGUCAAGCUUGACUAUCAAGCUUGAAAUGAAUAAAAUGUCUAGAACUAGGUUUUAGUAAUCUUAUAUUUGGUUUGUUGUAAUCUUGUAAAAGGAAAUAAGAGGUAAAUGUGACUAUAUUCAAGAUAUUUUCAUUUGCUAAGAUGACUCUUUUUGCAGUGCAGUGUUUAGUAGAGGGAGCCCACCAACCUGCUAUCUGCCCACAUUUACUCAGAUUAGAUGUUUAAAUGUUUUCUUUGUUUGUAUUAUCAGAAAAAGAAAAAAAAAACAACUGUUAGGGCUUAAAAAUCCAACACUGGCAUGAAAGUGUUGAAACGAGUCUAAUAUUGACAGUUAUUUGAGUCACACUGCUCUCUACUGGCACAUCUCUGUCACACGUCAUCUCUUUGGCUGAAACGUCUGUCAAGCUGAAACCAAAACUGGAAGAGUACAAACCGAAGAGAACCGCACCCAAACCUGCUCUAUAUGUUCUAUAGCUUUCUGUCACACUCGGCUCCUACGAUUGCUGAGAGCAAGAUAACAGACUACUGUUUAACACAGUGCCUUCUGAACAUAUUAGGGAAAUGUAGUCUUGUAAACAGACAUCUGUACAGUAUAUAUUUGUAUACAAUGCGUUUAUUUAUUGUUUUUAUUUAUCUGACCUCAUUACUGGACUGGUGAGCGAGUAGGACAAACCCCACUGGUCCACCUGAAUGUCCUCAAACAUGCUUCUGUCUUCUUUAUGCACCAGAGUAAUUACUCCAUUUGUGCUUCUGCUAUUAAUGAGUUGACGCAGUAGUGAUUCAGGGCAGAUACCAACAUUUUCAGUUUCAGCUUUUAAUCUUAAAAAUGUGAUUCCUGUUCUUAAUUGUUUGCUCUCAGGUAACGCAAAGAAUCUGUUCAACCCCACCCAGUAUGACGCCUACAGAUGGAUAUAUAUAUAUAUAUAUAUAUAUAUAUAUAUAUAUAUAUAUAUACACACAUACCCAUCAGGGCAGUUACGAUGCACUCAGUGUGUGCAUAUUUUGGGUUUCACAGAACAAAAGCAAAGUAAAAAAUGCUUCAGAGAUUGCGACCAACAAAACUGACCAACAAGACUUGACCAAAAAGCUGAACAGGGAUGCAGUACAGAGAUGUAGAAAUAUUAUAUAAUCUGGGUGAUGGGAUCUCUUGCAAUAUCUUUCUUUUUAUUUAUAGUAAAUUAUCUUUUUUUUUUUCUUAACGGGAGCUUCUGUUCAUUCUAUAUGUGUAGACAACCUAUACAACAAAAGGAAGAAAAUGAAACAUAAUGGAGAUGAGGAAUUAUUUCAAACCCAAACAAGACAAAGUAGAGGCGGGUGAUGUGGCAAAAAUAUCACAAUUCUGGAUACAUAAUACACUAUCAUUAGGUUUGCUAGCACAAAACAGUUAUUCUCACAGCUCCAGGGUUUGAGCCAGAGAUCGGCUGCCCUGUGUGGAGUUUCUGCACAUGUUCUUACUGUGUUGUGUGGGUUUCCUCUGGGUUCUCCAGUUUCACCCCACCUCUCAGAAACAUGAAGUUUGUCUGAAUGUGUGUGUGUGUGUGUGUGUGUGUGUGUGUGUGUGAGGUGCCCUGUGAUAGGCUCUGUGACCCUGACCUGGAUAAAGCACUAAGUGAAUAUGAAUGAUUAUAUGCAAUACAAAAAUGUAUUGUUUGACACAAUAAGGAGGGAGAAUAAAAAAUAAUACACUCAGCUAUUUGUUUCUAAGAGAAGCAAAACCUGCGAUCACAAAACCUGCAAUCACAAAACCUGCGAUCUCUCAGACUCAACAAAAAAGUGUAUUGUGGCCUGAUUUAUCACAAUAUUGAUAUUGUAGUCAUAUUGCCCAGCCUUAAGUAAAUCAUUUGCACCAUACUAUUGCACUGUUCUGUAUUUCCGCACCAGAUUAAUAUAUUGUCAAUAACAUAUAUAUAUAUAUAUAUAUAUAUAUAUAUAUAUAUAUAUAUAUAUAUAUAUAUAUAUAUAUUUUUUUUUUUUAUUUUUUUUUUUUUCUUGUUUUUUUGACCCAAGUUCAAACUUGAAGCCCUAAUCAGAAAUCAGGGACACAGCAUUAGCAUAGUCACAGGACUAGUUCUGACAAACCUGUGUAUUGUGAUGUUACAGUAUCACACUGUUGUGAUUAAUUGAAUGUGCUGUGUGGGUGUGGGAGUGUGGGUGUGGGAGGGGGUGGGUGGGUGUGGAUGGGUCCUUCAAUAAUUCCUGAUUGAGGCGUUUCAAUAUUGUAGUAAAUUACAUUAUAGAGCAUCUGACCAGAUCCUUUAUCUCAGGAAGAAAUUUUAGUGGUGUUGCUUGACGUUUUUUGUAUUUUUAUUUUAUUUUUUUAUCCUGAUUGAAACUAAUACAUGCCCAGCGUGCAGGUUUUAUCAGUAUAUUACACUCGGCCACUCUCUCAGGCUUUGCGUGCAAAAAGAGACACAUUUUCAUGAAGCAAAUUUUGUUUAUCUGCUCAUGAAAAGUUGCUUAUUAAUUAGUCUCUCUGCCAAACUAGCUAAAGACUCAGAUUAGAUAUUAUUUAUUAAAAACACAUCGUUUCUGCAGAUAAAUGAUGUUCAGAUCCAUGUUGUGUAUUUGCUUCUAAACGUUUUUUUUCACAUGUAGGAGACAGUAUUGUUUUCUAUAUCAGACACAUGUGAAACUUUCCCAGGCACAUCCCAGUCUUCAUUCAUAUUCGUGAAUAUACUAGAACAAUAUGGAGUUAUGGUUCCAGCCCUGUGGUCCUUUAUUUGGUCUUUGUUUUCCAGCAAAUGAAGAACAUUAAAACCCCAAUCAGAUUGAUUUUACAGCCGAAUAAGUAUCCUUGAAUCUUCCAUCUCAUGUUGUUUAAGACAAAUUCAAUAUGGCACCUUUAAAAAGUGCUGAACUCAAAAGAAUGUACAUGUUGUACACUAAUAAGAAUGGUGUUAUUAUUAUUAUUAUUAUUCUACAAAAAUAUCUAUGAAACUGCUGUCUCAGUCACUGAUUUCUGAUUGGGGCUUUAACAUGAGAUGACGUGAGUUCUGAAUAUGUUAUACACACCCUCAUGAUGUUGCACUCUACAUUAACCUCCAUGACUAGAUAAACUGUCAUUUAUUCUGUGUAAAAUUGCACUAAAAUAAAAAUGUAAAAGUUUUGGUAUGAUGGAGACUUUUUUUUUUGUUCUAUCCCUUUAAACCAUGUAUUAUAAAACAGCAUAAUCUGUUAUAUCACUUUUAAGUAAUUUAUUGUUAACGCAAAGAGAUAAAACCGUGCUACUGAGAUGAUGUAUCUGGGGUUUGUCCUUUUUAGUCUGCCGUUUGCUUUGCAUUGUGUAUUUAUAUCUGAUGUUGAGAUGUACAUAGUGCAAAACGAUUUGUGCCUUUCAGCUAUUUCUUAACAAAAAUUUUCUAUGUAUAAAAAAAAAUUAACAUACAGCGGUGCAAUGUUUAUUAUUAACAAAGCAAUGAAUAAAAUGAUUCAUUUGCUGUAAUGUUGUAUUUUGAUGCUUGCCUUAGAUUCUGUUUCAGAAAUAAAAGUCAUCACGAACCAAUAAA